GCCAAAAGUGAAGAAAGUGUGAGCGCGUGCCCGUGUGGCUCAACGCGCGCGCAAGGGAACAAAUACCCGGUGUGCGCUUCUCUGGGCAUCACUAAGACCGCUACCGAGAUGCCUGAAUGUCCUCUACCGUACAUCUCAAAAAUAUCCAGCUUUCCUUAUAGGAAUCAACGCUUUAAGAGUCUGUAUGAAUCUCUUUAAACAUUAUAUUUUUGGAUACGCACAAGUGACCUUGGCAAACCCGAGAGCCUCUGGAAGUUUUAGAUCACCAACAAGCGUCCAAACAAACUCAAAAUGAAUGUUUCACAAGGAUUACUAAACCGGACGAUCUCUACAGCCAAACAUACACUGGAAAGCGUCCGAGGAUGCUGCAACUUUUCGGUGAUCAGCAGCGACGGCUUCAGCGCGCCGGUGCAGGACGAGCGCGAGCAGUUCAUCAUGCGUCUCGUGCAAAUCGCCGUGCUUUGUGUCCUGUCACUAACUGUCAUCUUCGGCAUUUUUUUCCUCGGAUGCAAUCUGCUUAUUAAAUCCGAAAGUAUGAUAAACCUGCUGGUGGAGGACCGCAGACCUUCAAAAGAUGCGGAAAUUAUUAUGAUUGCUGCAUGAGUUUGUCAUAAAUCUGGCACAGACUGGAAACUUCUCGUUAAUAACAGACUCUUAAUUUGAAAUGAGGUUGACAUGUUCAUCAGUUAAAGAAACCAGAGGAAGUAAAGAAUCUUAUAUUUUCUGCACUUUUAAUACUAUGCUGAAAUUAUUACGAAGGCAUAUGAAAUCAGUAAAGCUGAAGAAGAUAAAGAUAUCAAAUGAUUCAUUUGAAAUGUAACAGUGUAACGCAGUUUUUAAAUGUUUUGUGGCUCCAUUGAUUCUUUUGACUCAUAAUGUGCAUGUAUUGAUUCAUUUACAUGAGCUAUAAAAGGAUAUUUGUGCAUUUCUGCAUGCAAAAUGAAUUACAGUAAAUUGAACAUUGAACAUUGUCCAGCUUCACUUUCUAAAAGUCAUUUAUACAUUUUCUAGAACCUUGAUUUGAAACAGAAUGAAUACAAAAAAAUCACUUGACAAACAAAUGAAAGAGUGUGAACAUAAUGUACCCAUUUAAAAAAUAAUUCAAUAACUCUGCUGGUCUGAGUAUGAAUCAAGUCCUGAGAAAUAAGAAAUCAGUUUUUUCCACUCACAUUGAGAAGCUUAUUGGACUAUUAAGAUGUCUCUAUGUAUUUGCAAUGCAUCAUUAAUGUCCUCUCUAAAACCAUAUGAGCCCAGACACUCAGCAUUAUGAUAUAUGGCAAUAUAAGAAGGCAUUUUUUAAAUAAACAGCUAAAUUAAGCUUAAAACUAAAUUCAUUGGCAGCUGUAGUGUAGUGAGAGUACACUUUGCAUAUGGCAUAAGGUAAAACAUCGUAAAAAACUUGAAAAUGUCCCUGCUGUUUUAAUUGAAAUUGUGCUGACUCACCAAUGCCCUUUUCAAAUAAGAUUUAUCUUCGAGUAAUUCUUUCAUGUGUCAAUUUAUGAGUAUUUUUGCGAAGAUUUUUUUUAAAUUAAAUAAUACAUUUGUGACCCUGGACCACAAAACCAUUUAUUGAAAUUGAGAUUUAUACAUCAUCUGAAAGCUGAAUCCAUAGGGUUUCCAUUGAUGUAUGUUAGGAUUGGACGAUAUUUGGCUGAGAUACAACUAUUUGAUAACCUGGAGGGUGCAAAAAAAUCUAUUUAUCCAAAUGAAUUUUAUAACCGGAUCAACUGACAAAAAUAAAGUUUUGAUAUAUUUAAGGCAGGAAAUUUACAAAAUAUCUUCAUGGAACGUGAUCUUUACAUAAUAUUCUAAUGAUAUUUGGCAUAAAAGAAUUUUUUUUUAUUUUUACCCACAUGUAUUUUUGGUUUUGCUACAAAUAUACCUGUGCUACUUAUGGUUUUGUGGUCCAC